UGCAAAGAUGCUCUAACAGGAAGUGGGUUAAGGAGCUGCACUGCUUCCUGCCCCCUAAAGCUGAGCGGGGCGAGGAGGGCGAGUGCCAGGCUGGGCCACGAGACACAGGACACUGUUUCUUGCCAGGGUCCUGGUAGCUUCCUCUUCAACAGCCACUUCCGUGUGGCCGGGGCCCCAGGGGCAGGAGCUGCUGCCCGUUGCCCAGGCCACCCUCCACCCCCCAGUUGGGAGCCCUGCCUCCCUGGGGCCGGGCCAAGCCCAGCAGCUGGCUGGGAUCCCAUGGGGGACUGGUAAGGCACAGGUCUUGGGGCACAGAGGUGACCGGACCAGUGCCCUGGGGCUCUGGCCAUGAAGUCUCGGCAGAAAGGAAAGAAGAAAGGCAGCUCGAAGGAGCGGGUUUUUGGGUGCGACUUGCAGGAGCACCUGCAGCACUCAGGCCAGGAGGUGCCCCAGGUGCUAAAGAGCUGUGCAGAAUUUGUGGAGGAGUAUGGAGUGGUGGAUGGGAUCUACCGCCUCUCAGGGGUCUCCUCCAACAUCCAGAAGCUUCGGCAGGAAUUUGAGUCAGAGCGGAAGCCAGACCUGCGUCGGGAUGUUUACCUCCAGGACAUUCACUGCGUCUCCUCCCUGUGCAAGGCCUAUUUCAGAGAACUGCCGGAUCCCCUGCUCACUUACCGGCUGUAUGACAAGUUUGCUGAGGCUGUAGGAGUGCAACUGGAACCUGAGCGCUUGGUCAAGAUCCUAGAGGUGCUUCGAGAACUCCCUGUCCCAAACUACAGGACCCUGGAGUUCCUCAUGAGGCACUUGGUGCACAUGGCUUCAUUCAGUGCCCAGACCAACAUGCAUGCUCGCAACCUGGCCAUAGUGUGGGCUCCCAACCUGCUGAGGUCUAAGGACAUAGAGGCCUCAGGCUUCAAUGGGACAGCGGCCUUCAUGGAGGUGCGGGUGCAAUCCAUCGUCGUGGAGUUCAUCCUCACACACGUGGACCAGCUCUUUGGGGGUGCUGCCCUCUCUGGUGGUGAGGUGGAGAGUGGAUGGCGAUCACUUCCAGGGACCCGGGCAUCAGGCAGCCCUGAGGACCUUAUGCCCAGACCCCCGCCUUAUCACCUGCCUAGCAUCCUGCAGGCUGGUGAUGGACCCCCACAGAUGCGGCCCUACCACACUAUCAUUGAGAUUGCAGAGCACAAGAGGAAGGGGUCUCUGAAGGUCAGGAAGUGGAGAUCUAUCUUCAAUUUAGGUCGCUCUGGCCAUGAGACUAAGCGUAAACUUCCACGGGGGGCUGAGGACAGGGAGGACAAAUCCAACAAGGGGACACUGCGGCCAGCCAAAAGCAUGGACUCACUGAGUGCUGCGGCUGGGGCCAGUGAUGAGCCAGAGGGGCUGGUGGGGCCCAGCAGUCCCCGGCCAAGCCCAUUGCUGCCUGAGAGCUUGGAGAACGAUUCUAUAGAGGCAGCAGAGGGUGAACAGGAGCCUGAGGCAGAAGCACUGGGUGGCACAAACUCUGAACCAGGCACACCACGAGCUGGGCGGUCAGCCAUCCGGUCUGGGGGCAGCAGCCGUGCAGAGCGCUGCGCUGGUGUCCACAUCUCAGACCCUUACAAUGUCAACCUCCCACUACACAUCACCUCUAUCCUCAAUGUGCCCCCGAACAUCAUCUCUAACGUUUCCUUGGCCAGGCUCACCCGUGGCCUUGAGUGCCCUGCUCUACAGCACCGGCCAAGCCCUGCCUCUGGCCCUGGCCCUGGUCCUGGCCUUGGCCCUGGCCCCCCAGCAGAUGAAAAGUUGGAAGCAAGUCCAGCCUCAAGUCCCCUGGCAGACUCAGGCACAGACGACUUGGCUCCUGCCCUGGAGGAUUCCCUGUCCCAGGAGGUGCAGGACUCCUUCUCCUUCCUAGAGGACUCAAGCAGCUCAGAACCUGAGUGGGUGGGGGCAGAGGAUGGGGAGGUGGCCCAGGCAGAAUCAGCAGGAGCAGCCUUCUCCCCUGGGGAGGACGACCCUGGGAUGGGCUACCUGGAGGAGCUCCUGGGAGUUGGGCCUCAGGUGGAGGAGUUCUCUGUGGAGCCGCCCCUGGAUGACCUGUCUCUGGAUGAGGCACAGUUUGUCUUGGCCCCCAGCUGCUGUUCCCUGGACUCCACUGGCCCCAGGCCUGAAGUUGAGGAGGAAAAUGGGGAGGAAGUUUUCCUGAGUGCCUAUGAUGACCUAAGUCCCCUUCUGGGACCUGAAUCUCCAAUCUGGGAGGGUGCAGGGAGUCUGGAGGGAGAGGCAGCAGAAUGUGGAAGGCAGGCUCCGGGACAGGCUGGGGAAGAGCAGGCAUGCUGGGAAGUUGGGGAGGACAAGGAGGCUGAGCCUGGUGGCAGGCUAGACAUCAGGGAAGAGGCAGAGGGAAAUCCAGAGACCAAGGUGGAGGCUGGAAAGGACAGUGAGGAUACAGGGGAGGCUGGGGGAAGGCAAGAGACAAAAGUCAGAUUGAGAGAAGGGAGUAGGGAAGAGACAGAGGCCAAGGAAGAGAAGUCCAAAGGUCAGAAGAAGGCUGACAGUAUGGAGGCUAAAAGUGUGGAGGAACCAGAAGAGCAGUAUACAGAUGAGGAGAAAGAAAAAGAAAUUGAGAGAGAAGAGGCUGAACAAAGAAAGGAAGCCCAGGUAGAAGCUGAAAGGGACCUAGAGCAAGGGGCCCAGGAAGAUCAAGUUGCUGAGGAGAAAUGGGAAGUUGUACACAAACAAGAGGCCAAGGGAGUCAGAGAGGAUGAGGACAAAGGACAGAGGGGGAAGGGGGACUAUGAAGCAAGAAAAGACCAAGGAGAUGGUGAAGACAGCAGAAGCCCAGAAGCAGCAACUGAAGGAGGAGCAGGGGAGGUCAGCAAGGAACGGGAGAGUGGGGAUGCAGAGGCUGAGGGAGACCAGAGGGCUGAAGGGGACUAUUUAGAAGAGGGUACCCUCUCUGAAGGCUCAGGUGUAGAGUCCCUGGAGGUUGACUGUGCCGAAGAGGACAAUCCUCACUCUUCUGAGAUGGAAGAGGCAGCCCCACAGCCACCCCAGCCAGAGGAGAAGGAGUCUGAGGGGCAGCCCAGUUCAGACGGCUGUCUAUGUCCCUGUUCCCUUGGCUUGGGUGGCGUGGGCAUGCGUCUAGCUUCUACUCUGGUUCAGGUCCAACAGGUCCGCUCUGUGCCUGUGGUGCCCCCCAAGCCACAGUUUGCCAAGAUGCCCAGUGCAAUGUGUAGCAAGAUUCAUGUGGCACCUGCAAAUCCAAGCCCGAGGCCUGGCCGGCUUGAUUCGACUCCUGGAGAAAGGGCUUGGGGGCCCCGAGCUUCUCGAUCCUCUUGGAGGAAUGGGGGUAGUCUUUCCUUUGAUGCUGCUGUGGCCCUAGCCCGGGACCGCCAAAGGACUGAGGCUCAGGGAGUUCGGCGAACCCAGACCUGUACUGAGGGUGGGGAUUACUGCCUCAUCCCCAGAAAUUCCCCUUGUAGCAUGAUCUCUGCCCAUUCUCCUCGGCCCCUUAGCUGCCUGGAGAUCCCACCUGAAGGCGCGGAAGCGUCUGGAUCCCGGAGUCGUCUUAGUCUGCCCCCCAGAGAACCCCAGGUUCCUGACACCCUGUUGUCCCCUCAGCGCCGAUCGUAUGCAUUUGAAACACAGGCUAACCCUGAGAAAGGUGAGGGACUGUGAUUAGGACCACAGCCCUGGGCAAAGGGGACCAGUAAGUUGUCUUGAAUCUCCAGGGUUCCUGACUAGCUGUCUCUUCUGCAGCCUAAGCAGCUGUAGUGCCCAACUCUAUAGGCUUUGGCCCUCCAGCUUCUCUGACUGUGGGAGGCAUUGCCUUGUCUCAGACACAAAGCACUUCUCUCUUAGGAGAUUCCCAAGAAAGUCAACAAGAUCUUGUUCCCAGGGAGUGGGUUACUGGCCAAAGGGAACAUAAGGUAGGCAGAAAAGUUAAAAGAGUUUCUUAAAGUGAAGACUGGAGAAGUUCCUCCCUUCCUCUGAGCUAUGAAUCUCUCUUCAUGAAAGCCAAAGGUAGAGACGGGGGACAGGGCCAGGUUAGGGCCUUCCAUACACAAACACUUCUAGGGUUGCCCAUUCCUGUUCUGCUCUUGGACCCUUAGAUACCUCCUGUCCUUUUUAGAUCCAGAUUAAGAGAAAUGUCCAGGAAGCUCUUUGAAACCCUCAGCAUUUGUUGGAGGGACUGGACUCCUCUCCAGCUCCCCACCCUCUGCCUCCAGUCACCAUGUGCAAGAGAGGUCCUGUACAGAUGUCUCUGGGCUCUCGUUUUUCCUUUGGAAUAACUUCUUCCUAUUUCAGGAAAGGGAAAUGGUGUCACUCAGGCCCUGGGACUGCUUCUCCAGCCAGGCUGGGGCCAUAGGUCCCACUCUAGUGAAGGUCAAUGUCUCAGAAUAAAAGCUGUAUUUUUACACAUA